CACUUCAACUCGUCCUAAUUUUUGUAUUGUUGUUUUUGCCAAACUUUUUCAAGUAUAUCUGGGUUCUGCAAUUACUGCUGAGUCUAAUGGUACCAACCAAAAUGUCGUAUCUAGUUUCUGAGUUGAGAUACGGCAAAUAAUACAACAACAUUUCUGCUGUGUUGUCGCUCAUUCCCGGGCUGCGUCCGAAAACGACCAACUAUCGAAAACAAACAAACUGCAUGAAGCCGUGGCAGUAUAGGGGGGUCGCGCUGGAGCCGCCGUGGCAGUCAAAAGGCACUCAUAUAAGAAUUGUGGCUCCUCAUGUCGAUGAACAUGUAUAUGUGAACAGAAAACGCUAUCACAGCAUAAAUGUGCAAGUAGUAUUUGAUGCUCACUAUAAAAUUCUUGACAUUGUGGCAAGGUGGCCUGGCUCAGUCAACGAUGCAAGAAUACUAGAUGAGUCGGCACUGAAAUUGAUGUUUGAGGAACAACAUGUACCUGCAGGAUGCUACCUUCUCGGGGAUAGUGGCUAUCCCUGCAGGCAGUGGCUCCUCACUCCUUACCUCCGCCCUCAAACUGUUGCACAAGUUAAUUAUAACAGAGUUCAUAGGAAGGCUCGUUGCACUGUGGAACGAGGCAUUGGCCAACUUAAAAAAAGAUUUCAUGUUCUGCACACUGAGGUGCGUCUCAGUCCUGAAAAGACGUGCAAGUUGAUUAAUGUCUGUGCUGUGCUUCACAACAUUUGUAAGGCUCGGAACAUCCCUUUGCCUGAUGACAAUGUUGAGGAUGAUGCAGUGGAUGUAGGUGAUGCUGAUGGUGCACAGUUGCAUCUAAAUGCGGGCAUUCCUGCUGCCCGCAAUGGACAUCCAUUCCGAGACUAUAUUGCCAACCUACAUUUUCAAUGAUGCAUGAAGUCACAACAUGUGGACCCUGUCAAGUCAACAUUGCAUGUAUCUUCAUAUGGAGACUGUAGACAACAAAUUCUCUCACCGAACUAUUUUCUCUUAAGGGAGCAGAAGAUGGUCAUAAUAUCACUUAGCAGUAAUAUAGGAAAUAAAAGUAAGAUGUACA